UAAGCUAAGACCAAUUAAGUUGUGUGUCUGUACUCAGAUGGUGUGGUGUAAUGAAAGGAUAUAACUUCGGUCAGUUAGUCGUAGCCAUAUAUGUCGAAAGGUUUGUGGCAGUUACUCAUUGCUGUCUGAAUAUCAUUUCCACAGCUAGUCAUAUGACACACACACACACACACAAGUGGCGGAAAGAAGCACCAGCGCUUUCUUCAACGCACUACGCAGUUGGCGCAGACUGCUGCCCGCCUCUCUCUGGGAUCCUACGUUACGUUCGCAAGAGCCGUUGGUGAAUACGUGUUCUUUUUCGCCCGUUGACGUAAAAACGAUUUUUUUUUUUUUUUUGGUACCGAGCGGAGAGGAGAUGCACACGGCACUCGAGUGAGAGUGCACGUUUCAGAAGAGUUGUAAAACCCCUCAAAGAGAAGCAUCAGGACUGGGGGCCAAGCAGGAGGACACGUAUUACAGGGACAAGAAGUAAGGGGACAAUGCGAGUCCACGUGCACACCAAGUUCUGUUUCCUGUGUGUGUUCACCUUCCUCUUCAACCAGUGCAACCACUGCCAUGGAGAAGGGCACAGCCAUCAGCACGGCGGACAUCACCAUGCUGACCACAACCACACCCACAGUGACCUGCAGAUUUCUGAGGCUCCAUACGUGAAAGGAGCCAGUCCGGCCCCGGAGUCCAAGAGUCCUCAAGGGCACUCUCUAGAGGAGGAGCAGCGCUUCUACAUCCAGGAGCUGUUCAGGCGCUACGGCCAGAAAGGCCGGCUAGAUUUCCAGGGAUUUCAGAGUCUGCUGUUCAGCUUGGGUCUGGGUGAAGUGAAGGUGGUAAGUGUGGAUCAUGAGGAUCUGGGCCAUGACCACGUAGCUCAUCUUGACCUGCUUGACAUGCAGGAAGGUCUUCACUCCCAUUCAGCCACCAGUGAAGACCACAGCCAUGGUCACAGGCAUGGGCAUGGUCAUCCACACCACAAGCCCGGCUCCCACCAUCCACACACAGAACAGGUUCCCACACGGUGCAGCCACCAGACUACUGCUGCCAGUCCAGCUACUGGUGCAUCUACAGGACAUGACCAUAAACAUGAUCCCGCCCACGAUCAUGGGCAUGAUGCAGGGCAUAAUCAUGAUCACGCCCAGGUAGAGGAUAGUGACCAUAAACAUUCUGAUGGACAUGUGCAGGACACACACGAUCACGAUCACGACCACGAUCACGAUCACGCACAUGACAAAGAGCACAAACCUGAGCAGGUACAGGUGCACUCUGACAACAAGGAGCUUUCUGCUCAACCUCACGGUGAUCACGAACAUCACGAUCACAGUGGUCACGACCACGACCAUGUCCAUGAAGUGCAGACAGACGUGCCUCCCAUCAACCAGGGACAGCAGCCCUCUCCCCAGUCGGAGCCAACCCAAGUUCCUCAGGAGCCAAAGUCUUCUCCCGCAACCACAGAAAGCCGGCCUAAGAAGACAAGAAAGCCCGCUAAAGACAGAGGACCGAGAGGGCGAAACAGAACCACUUCUCAUCUCACACCUCUGUCUGAUGACCACGACCAUCAGUCUGAACACAGUCACGACCACGACCACGGUCACGGUCACAGCCAUUCUCAUAAAGAUAAGCGAGAAGCACCAGGAGCCCCUCCCAACCCCACUUUGCCAGCCCCCCGGCAGCCUGGCCAUCCGGCAGGGUUGUCUCAUCAGCAUGAGGAGUGUUUGAACCUGACGCAGCUCCUCACCUACUACGGCUUGAAUCCCGAUUCGCUCAUCUCCCCCACCCAGUUCACCUACCUGUGCCCUGCCCUGCUCUACCAGAUAGAUAGUCGCGCCUGCAUCCGCCACUACCACCAGAUGGAUGUGGAGCAGGAAGCCUUGGAGCCCCCCAGUUCCGUGUGGGUGUGGCUGUGGGGUUUUGUGUCCAUCACCAUCAUCAGCCUGCUGUCUCUACUGGGCGUGGUGCUCGUACCCAUCCUCAACCAGUCCUGCUUCAAGUUCCUGCUCACUUUCCUGGUGGCGCUGGCAGUCGGCACGCUCAGUGGCGACGCUCUCCUUCACCUGCUGCCUCACUCUCAAGGGCAGCACGACCACGGCGAGCACGGGACGGGCCACGGGGCGAGCCAGGACACCGAUCUGGUUACAGCCUUUGAUGGAGUGUGGAAGGGUCUAACGGCGCUGGCCGGCAUCUACCUCCUCUUCAUCAUCGAACACUGUAUCGGCAUGUUUAAGCACUACAAAGACCACAGGGGCAUGAAGAAGGUGAGCGAGGAAGGCAAGAUCGGUAGGAAGUUGUCAGAUCACAAGUUGAAUCGUCGCUCAGAUGCAGAGUGGCUGCACCUGAAGCCGCUCAGCGAAGACCCCGACAGCACAGCCAUCUCCUGCGACAACGGCCACAACGACACGCAGCUCACGGAGCUCCAGACGCCCGACUCGCCCACGAACAAGACGCCACUGGACCCCACAAACCCCCAACAAGACCCGCCGUCACCCACCAAAGAGAACGGACGCAAGGCCAAGCGGCACGGCCACGGACACUCGCACGGCCACGGUCACUCUCACGGUGGGAACUGCCACUCGGACCAGGAGAUGAAGGACGCUGGUAUAGCCAGCAUCGCCUGGAUGGUCAUCAUGGGCGACGGCAUGCAUAACUUCAGCGACGGCAUGGCUAUAGGCGCAGCGUUCAGCGCAAACCUGACGGGAGGCAUCAGCACAUCGGUGGCGGUUUUCUGCCAUGAAUUACCUCAUGAACUUG